GAUUGUACAGAGGGCGACAUAAAUGUAUACAGAUUUUGUUGUGUGGGGUAUUCCUGCAAGAAAGCCGUGUUGUCAUUUUUCUACACUCUGCCGAGUUUAACUACAAAAUGCCGGGCUGCUGUCAUUGCAUUCCAGCAUGCAAGCCACACUACAAGCGACUUGUGGAUAGCAUCUUCCCUGUCAACCCAGAGGAUGAACUGGUUCGAAGCCAGAUGGAGAAAUUGACAUUCUAUGCUGUUUCACAUAAUGAAAAGCUGGACCGAAUUGGAACCUACCUAUGUAAGAGGUUGAGCAGAGACGUGUAUAGAAAUAAAAUAGGACACGUGAUCAUCGCAAUGCAAGCUCUGGAUGAACUCUUGUUAGCCUGUCAUGCUCAAAGCCUAAAUCUCUUUGUAGAGAGUUUUCUGAAAAUGGUCUCUAAACUGCUGGAAUCUAACAACACAGAUCUGCAAAUUCUUGGUGGCAGCUCGUUUGUCAAGUUUUCGAACAUAGAAGAAGAUACGCCGUCCUAUCAUCGUCGUUAUGAUUUCUUUGUUUCAAAAUUCAGCUCUAUGUGUCACAACAACAGUGAUAAUUUAACGCACAGAAGAAGAAUUCGAGUGACCGGUCUGAAAGGGCUUCAAGGUGUUGUACGUAAGACUGUGACGGAUGACCUCCAGGUCAACAUCUGGGACAAAGCACAUAUGGAUAAGAUAAUCCCAUCCUUCUUGUUUAACAUGCAAGAAGCAUUUGAGAGACAUGAUUCACCUGCGCAGGAACUGUCUGAAGAGCGUCCUCAUGUGUUAGCAGAAACUUGCCUCCGAGAUGUUAUGUGUAGAGCUGCUUAUGGGAACAUACAUUCUGUACUGAAGCCAGUUUUGAGACACAUGGACCUGCAUGAGCUCUGGGUUCCAAACACCUUUGCUGUGAAAGUGUUCAAGGUGAUAGUGUACUCAAUACAGUCGCAGUAUCUUUACGUUGCUCCUCACUUCCUUCUGCUCCACCUGGACGAGAACGCCAAGAGUAGUCCGGUAAUGAAAACGAGCAUUGUGGAAGUACUCAAGGCGACAGUUGCCGUGGCCGCAGAUGGCGCUGUGGGUCCCUCAAUCCUGGAAGUAUUCAACACUCUUCUGCGUCACCUGCGUUUGUCUGUGGACCAGCGUAUGUCCGGUGGAAACCAGUCUGUGAUAAGCGUAAGCUCCAAGCAAACGUUGGAUAGACAAGGCUAUAAUGAGAAUGAGGAAAUUGUCUUUGAAGAGGCCAUUAUUGAUACGAUAGGUGCUUUUGCAAUGAUUCUCCCAGACUAUCAGAAAAUUGAGAUUAUGAUGUUCAUCAUGGGCAAAGUUCCCAGCCCCAAGUUUAAUGAGGACAUGGACGAUGCUGCCGUCGUGCAGCCCUGCAAUGGCAUCGGAGAUCAGCUACUGCAGAGUAUGCUUCUAAAGAGCUUACUGGAAGUCGGAAACAAGUACACAACAGGCAACAUGGCCGUAACAUUCCCAGCAUCCUUCUUUCAACCUCUACUGAACAUGUCAUUGGUUACUGAUCCAGGCAUCCGUCUAAUAGUCCAGCAGAUAUUACAGACCCUUAUUGAUCGUCAUGACAACGUGGAUAAAUUACUAGGUAAUCGACCAAUUCCAGAUGACAUUAAAAAUCUUGGACUGAAGGUGGAGAAGACAUCACGACAAGAUACCAUGUUUAUGCGAAAGAAUGGGUCUGAUAUUUAUUGGCAUUUCUAUGAGAACAUGAGCCAGUCCUCAAACACAGUGGAACAUUUUGAAGCAAUGUACUGCACACUUGCCCUGUUGCUUAUUGAGCUGGGAGGUGAUGACAUAGUGGUGGAUCUCAUCGGCCUUGCCCUAGGCCUACAGGAUCUGGCUUGUUCUGAUGUCAAACUCCCUGCCUCCCAUCGCUGCUGUAUUCAUGCGCUGGUAGCUCGGUAUCUCCACCUUAUUGCAGAGCUCUCGGCAAUUCCAGCACUCCGCCAACAUGUGAGGGCGGUAAGUAAAGACAUUGAACUUAAAGGGAGAACCUUGGAGCUUCGUAUAAGGAGUGCGACUGAUCCUGGUUCUGUUAUCCUAGAAAUGGAGUCGGUAAACAACUCGCCAGCAGGAACCAGGAAACAUCCAGAAGAGCAGAUAACUUAUGACGUUCUUAAGAAGACGCUGACGGAUGUUGAUAACGAUGAGGGUAUCGAGUCGGCAAUUGAGAAGCGUCGGGAUAUUCUUGAGAGGUUCCAAAACAACACAUUGGAGGUGCUGGCCUCAUCGGCGGAACAAAGGGUCACCCGUGUCGCCAGCUGGCAGCCCUCUCAGACAGGACCCUGCCAUGCCCUCCCAAGUACAAUCCAUUCCUGUCUACGAGAUGAAAUUUCCAGAGCUGUGUGUGUACUAAUUAUCGGAAUAAAUAUGAGAUACUGGUUGUGGAUCUUCGCUAAUAAUAGUAGAAAUAAAUGGCAUGUAACACGUACGUGACGCACUGUAACACAUACUAGCCGCAUUUUAAAAUGUAUGAAACAUAAUAUAAAUGUGUACAUCAGAACAUGCAUACUACACCACCCAAUUUAACACUAAUUUGUUAUAGGAAAAGUAUUAUUAUUAGAGAACGUCAAAGAUAUAAAAAUUCAUUGUUAUUAUUAUUAUUUUUUGUUAUUGUUGUUAUUGCUAUUGUUAUUAUUAUGUUAUUACUAUUACUAUUAUUAAUUAAUUUUAUUAUGAUUAUUAGUUAUUAAAUUAAAUAUAUUGUGUUUAUUAUUAUUAUUUAUUGAAUUUAAAAAGAAAAAGAGAGGAAGAGACAUAAGAAUUGAAAAAGGAGGAAGUGACAAAUGUAAAAAAUAAUUAAGAAAGAAAUAAGAAAAAAUAAUUAGGAACAUGGUCUAAAAUUGUAAGCAUUUUAAUCACUUGUAAAAAAAAAAAACCAUCAGAAAUUCAAUGCAUUAAGCAUGUCUCUCAAGACUGAGCUGCCGAAGAUAAUAUAAUAUUUAGAGUAGAAAUCGUGAUGUGCCUUUUCCAUUGUGCUUAUCCCACGGGAGGGUACAGACAGGUGCUUUCUGUAAAAUUGUUUAUGAUCAUUAAAAUAGUUUGUUUAUGUUCAGUGGACUAGCGAUCCAGAUUUAUAAAAGUGUUUUAUAUUGCGAUAGCAUAGAUUAUUUUUAGAAAUAGUUUGCAUACUAUCGGUGCUAUUUGCUAACUUAUUUAGACAGUCUCUGAUGAAAAAUUUUGUUUGAUUUCAUAAGAUCUCUAAAUGCUCCAGCCAUCCUUUGAAGUAACAUCGUUUUAGUUUCACUAAGCCAAUUUUCGGUUUGAACUGCGCAUGCGCGUAUCCUGUGUUAUCCAAGGUUAAUCGACAUAAACCUAUGUUUGUGUGUAUAGAAUCAAAUAGAUAAAUAAUAGUGCUCAGAUAAGAACAAGUUGUAAUAAUCGCAUCAAACAUUACUCAUCAACUAAAAGUGUCUCUGGCGGGAUUCGAACCCACAACAUCUCGCUGUCAAGGCCAGUAUCAUCCAUUAGGCCACAGAGAUCUAUAGGAUAUCGUGCAGUUCUAACCUCCAGGCGCUUUCGCUGACUAACAGCUUACUGAAACACUCGAACAUAGUGGAGCUGUGGUUAUGUUGUGUGUAUGGUAAUUAUUAUGACCUUGAUACGAGCAUGUGCGGUUCUAACUAUGAACUGGCUAAUAUACUUUUUGGAGUAUGUUGCAAGAUUAUGAUCAAAUAUUUUCACAUACGCAGUGUAGACAGUGGAAAGUCUUUCAGGUGUUAUUGUAGUCUCUAAACAAUAAAUAUAUCGACAUUGUAUGUUAAUUGCAUUUAAUGAACAUUAUUAAUGAGUAACUUGAGCGCACUUUACAGUCAUUUGUUGUCUGCUAAAUGAAACGCACCAUAUGGCUAAAAUUGAUAGCAUCACUUUGGCAUGAAGGUGUAGAAUAAGUAAAAUUUAUUAUAACUUGCUCGUAAAAAAGUUUAAUGUCAAUUAGUUAUAAUAUAUAUCAACGCAUUCCUAUAGGUUUAUACGUGUACAUGUAAAAAAUAAUGGGCGGAGCUCUAAUGCAAUUGUAUCGAUGUUGCUAAUAGCAUUGUUAUAGUGAAUUGAUUGUGAUAUAAUUGUUUAAGAAAAUAAUUGUGCGGUUGAUGAUUGGUUGAUAUUGUACAAGGAAGAAUAUGCAAAUGAAAAGAGGUUAUUAUAUAAUUGUAAAUAUGAAUGGAUAACUUAAAUAAUUUAGUGACCAAAAUACUCGAAUGUAAUUGUAUCGUGUUUCAUGUUGUGAUUGAUUAACUUUAGCAGUGCAAAAUGGAAAAAUCACAAUGUUAUUCAUCACAUUCUUAUAGUGAUUUGAUUGUUAUAUAAUUGUUUAAGAAGAUAAUUAUAGGCCUACGGUUAAUGAUUGGCUUAGAACAGGGAAGAAUAUAAAAAAAUGAAAAGAGGUUAUAACAAUUAAGCUGUAAAUAUUAUUAAUAUAGUGACCAAAAAUAUAAAGUAACUUUUCUCACUAGUUGAUGUCCUAUAUGUAUGGCCUCCAUUCAUAUUACUAAGUAUGUUGAAAACGUAAAAAUCCUGACAAGUCGUCUGUGAUUGGCUGUAAUGCAUCAUGUAUCUAUAAAAACAUCUAUUCGUGACCCUAGUAAGUGCGCCACCUAAAUGAUGACGUAGCAAAUGGUGUCGAUGUUGUGCGCUAAUAUUUUCUCCUAUGUUCUCAUCAGGGUAAAGGUAUCACAUGAUUUAUAUGGAACGCAAUUGUAUAUCGUGUAGUGCAAUAAAUAUCCUAGUUCACCAGAG